AAAAAAGGCAGCAACUCUGCAUGAAAUUAUAAAAGGAAAAGGAUUUCUAUGGUUCUCUGACCUGCAGGUUUGACAGGCAAUAGUUGUGUGAGUCUACAAACAGUGUGGUUUGCGGUACUAAAAGCUGAAAAGGAAAUCAUGAAGCUGGAGGUGCCCGAGACCUUUGAGGAUGUCACUGUUGAGUUUUCUGCAGAGGAGUGGAAGAUGCUGAAUGAACAACAGAAGCAACUUCACAGGGAAGUGAUGGUGCAGAACUAUGAACACAUGGUUGCAGUCGGGUAUGACAUCCCCGUGGAGCAACUACUGCUGCUGAUUGACAGAGGUGAGGAGGAUCUGUCUAGUGUAAUGGAAGGAGGAGAAGCCCUGCAAGAGAACAUGUUUCGUAAUGCCACUGUCCUUGUCAAUGUGAAUGCAUCUUGCAGUGAGACACAAGUUCAACAGUCAUCACUUGUAAACCGUAGAAAUUUUGACAGCGAUGAAGCCUUGUCAAACAGUAUGUUGAUCACAAAAUGUGACCUAGUACAGACUGAAACCAGACACCACAAGUGUGUGGAAUAUGACAACAGAUUUAGCCAAACAUCUGAACUAGAAGUACACCUGAAGGCAUGUGGAGCAGAGCAGCAAUGUGAACAGCUUAACUGCAGAAAUAAUUUUACAUUUUAUGGUAGUCACAUACAUAGUACAAUAAGUCAGAGUGCCAUAAUGCAGAAUACUUUGGCAUUAGACAUCUUCACAGCAGAUAAAAUAUAUAACUGUUCUACAUAUGAUGAUGAUGAUUUUGCACAUAAGGACCAUCUAGCUGUGCCUGAGAUUAUACAACCUGCAGAGAAACCUUAUAAAUGUGUCACAUGUGACAAAUGUUUUACACAAAAGAGAAGUUUAGCAAGGCAUCUAAUUAGCCACACCAUACAGAAACCAUACAGAUGUACCACAUGUGAUAGGAGUUUUACAAGAAAGGACCACCUGGUACUGCAUCAAAAUAGUCAUACUGGACAGAGGCCUUUUAAAUGUGACACAUGUGACAGCCGAUUUAUGGAUAAGAGAAGCUUAGUGGUACAUCAAAUUAUCCAUACCGGCCAGAAGCCCUAUAAAUGUGUAGUAUGUGAGAAGUGUUACACACAUAAAAGCAGCCUAGCAAUGCAUCAAAUUAUCCACACUGAACAAAAGCCCUAUAAAUGUGCCCUUUGUGACAAGUGUUAUACACGUAAACAAAGCUUGGUAUUGCAUCAGACUAUCCACACUGGAGAGAAACCGCAUAAAUGUCCAACAUGCGAAAAAGCUUUUGCACGCAAGAAAAGUUUAGCAAUGCAUCAGUAUAUCCACUCUGGACAAAAGCCCUAUAAAUGUACCACAUGCAAUAAAGGAUUUAUAGAAAAAAGAAAUUUAGCAAUUCACUGCAUUCUCCACACAGGACAAAAACCCUUCAAAUGUUCCACAUGUGACAAAGGUUUCUCAGGUAAAAGAAGUUUGGAAAAGCAUGAAAUUAUCCACAGUGGAGAGAAAAUUUACAAAUGCAACUUAUGCGAGAUGAGUUUUGCAAGGAAAGGCAACCUAAGAGUACAUCGCAAUAUCCAUAGUGACACUCUUGGCAAACUUAAAAAACCAAAGCAGUGCUGACGUUAUGAUCUUUAAAUAUGUCCUGACGUAGGAAUGAGGUCCAUUCUAAUCAGGUAUGAAUAAAGUUAAACCAGAAAAGAACAGUCAGAAGGUGGUAUGGAGAGAUGCUAAAAAGCUCAUUCAUCAGCAUUUCACUGAAUGUUUUCAGAUGUACAAGAGACACCUGGGAUGUCAAGUUGCACAUAAAUUGGAAAAUGGCUAACUACUUUAAAAAUCAAUCAUGAAAAGGGCCAAAUGAUUGAGCACAGGUAGCAGAAUCCAGCCAGGUAUGUUUCUAGGCGAUUGCACCUUAUUGUAAUUUUUCUUGCACUUAGUUUAAAUAGCCUGCUCAACAGCUUAGGUUAUAGAUACAGUUUGAACAUCAGAAAACAAACAAGUGACAUCAACUGUCUGUUUAUAGACGACCAAAAGCUUUAUACAUUAUCUGAGAAACAAUGCAAAAUACAACUAGAAAUGAAUAAAAUAUUUUGACAUUGUACAAGAAUGCCUCUUGGCCUCCAAAAAUCUGCAGAGGUAACAUUUAUAGUGAGAAAAUUGACACAUAAGGAAGCUAUCAGCCCAGCAGAAGGAUGAAGUGUAAAAGAGCUAUAGUAAGAGAGAGAUGAAAUAAAUUGCUGGGAAAAAGAUUAAAAUAAAAAAUGUGCAAUGAAAAAGCAAAAACAAAGUUUGCUACAUUAAUGUCUUAGAACAUUAAAACUAACUGAAAAACACCUUGGUGAUUUAAAAUAAAGUUGGGGCUGUAAAGUUUUUGAGUGAGGAGCUGGUCAAAAAAGUUAUGGAAGAGAGUUGAACAAGAAAAAUUCUUCAUGCCUAUAACCUGAUUUUUAGAAAGCCUGUAUGGCAAGGCUGUAUCGCUCAGGAAUAAGGGGAAUAAUGUAUCUCCUUGAGAGUAGUUCAGUUUGCAGUUGUGGAAUAGUAGACGAUGCAUACAUAUUUCUAUUACCUUCCGAACCAGUCAUAUUAAAUGUUCUGAAGUGUGACAAAGAUGACUUAAGACAGCAUUCACUGUCUUAUUAGCAGAAGGACUUAGAAAGCCAAAAUGGAGAUUAUACUGCUACUGGAAAGAGCUGGCACCAGCAGGUGCAAGAAAAAAAAGUUACAGUACAAUAAUACAGAAGUGAAGUAAUGAAAAUUAGAAAGUUCAUAGUUAUUCUGAAAAAUACAAGAAAUUAGUGGAAAUGUCAUGUAUCGAUACAAUGCUUGAUGCAUCAGUGGCUGAAAAAAUAGCAUAAGCCAAAACAAGAAAGGAGCAUAGCGUAGGCUCAGGACAGUAGAUUUAACACAAAGUGAUUCACAUAAUCCAUUAAUUUAGGAGACUGAUACAAAUAUAGGUUAUUGAGUAUAAUUCUGUUAACAGCUAUACAUCUUGUAACAGGCUACAAACUAUCUGUGGUAGAAGGACUUUUAACCGAAAGACUUAGUAAUGUGAUAUGGCUGAUACAGAUGAAAGUAUAUAGGCAUUACUGUCUACAGCUAGUAAAAAACAAUGAAAACAAAGCACAAAAAUUAUUAAAAUAAAGAAAUGAUAAUAAUUUGAGAUUGUCUGUUAUCUGUGGUUAGGAAAUAACUUGUUUUAAAUUCAGGACUGCAGAUGAAGAGAAAAGAAAAAAUAUUGCUGUAAUUACUGAAACAGUCAUACUCUAUGACAGUUGUAUCCUGUAUACAGAAAUGCAAGAUGUUGUAAAGUACCAUGCUACACAAGGAAAAAGGUCAGUUUAUAACAAGGAUACUCAAACUAUCAUUGUAUUCCUAGGAGCACCAGAGCUAAUUAAAUGAGAUCUCAUAAGCUUACUUCAGUAUGUCAUCACUAUUGUUUGUAUCAUACACACAACUGAAGGAGACAGUCCUGGAUACUGAGAAAUCUGUUGGCAUAUAUCAAAGACCGAUGUAGUACUGAUCUCAUGAAAUGCAUACUCUGACAUAGAAGUAGUGUCAUUCCUGCAAUUGCAUAAGGAACACAAAACACAAACAUUUGCAGAGUUGAACAAGUUAAUCUGAAAGUAAUUAUUAAUUGAGUACAAAAUUCUACACAGCCAUCUAGAAUGAUAACAGAUAAAGUUUUGCCAGAAAAACAGAGUAAAAGAAAAGCAAAAGAACUCAUAGAAUUUCAGUAAGGAAGUGGUGGCAAGAAACCAGGAAAAAAUAUUAAGUGCUUUAGAAAAAAGAGUCAACACUACAGGAAAUUUAUGAAAGAAAUAGAAGAAAGAGUAUUAAAACAGACAGAAGUUGUGUUACACUACUUCAGCCAACAAAACAAGAGCUUCUGUUAAAAGUGGAAAAUUGACUUACCUGAUUUUUUACUGAGAAGUAUGAACACUUGUAUACAACAUCAUUUAGAAAUGACAUAAACCAGCUGUACUAAUAUCACCAAAUUACAAAUAUUACAAUUUU